CAGCUUGGACUCUGAGCUGAGGGCUGAACUCCACCUCCAGGCAGAAUGAGGCUCAGCACAGCAGCCCUGCUUCUCCUGCUGGCCAGCUGCCUCUCUCCAGGCCACGGUAUCCUGGAGGCCCAUUACACAAACCAGAAGUGUAGAUGUCCCAGAACGAGCUUGGCCUUUAUCCAUCCAAACUCCAUAGAGCGGAUUCAAGUCACACCUCCUGGGAAUGGCUGCCCAAGGACUGAAGUCGUGGUCUGGACGAAGGCUAAGAAAGUUCUAUGUGUGAAUCCUCUCGCCAGAUGGGUACAAAAAGUGUUAAAACUUGUAUGGAGCAAAAAUAUGUUUUCAACUCCCCCAGCUCCAGUGAGCAAGAGAAGGACUACCUGAAGCCCCUGUCCUCCAAAGGUCACCUGCAGCCUCCUUUAUCCCUGCUUUGAAUUUUAGCUUUGCUCUUAGUUGAAGAAUUUCCAAGAAAAGAAUGUCCUUUUACAAGCAAACAUGACUGUCAUGAGCUGAAGGGGGAACCUGGAGCCCCUUUGUGUACUCAACCUACAUUUCUUGUUCCUUAACAAAGGCUGUUUGAGGAUAGGUGUUGAGUUACAACCCACUUGCAUGUAUUUGGUAAUAGACUUGUUGUUUAAUGUGAAACUGUCCUAGGUUGCAGAAGAAUGGAACCUGUGUCUUAUAUUAAUAAGAAAGUUAUGAGGUGUGUUUCCAUCGUUUUAUACCCUUAGGAAAAGCAGGUUUCCAGAAUAGUCUCCAGAAGUUUCCUGGGUAGCUGAUGCAGUUCCAGCUUCACGUGGUGCAAAGUAGGUCUCUGUAGUGAAAAGCCUUAUGAAGAAAACAGAGUCCUUCUAGUUUUAAAGGUUUCUUGUAUACAAUUUAUUGUCUUAGAUUAAAACCAGUAAUGUUGAAAGAUCCUAGGAUUAAAAUUCCAGGCUCUCCAGCAGUAUACAAAUGCAUUCUUUUGCACUGUGGCCCUGAUGAUUUUUUUUUUUAUUCACAUCUUUCGCAUAGACAAAAUUACCAGUCUCUUGUAUCAAAUUUUUUAAUGUUUCCUACUCAUCUAAUGUCAUUCAAUAAACUUAAUCAAGUAUUUUGCUUA